UUCUGACAUUGAAACCAUUUAGAACUAAAUUCUUAAUAUAAAUUUUUUUUUGAAAUUUUGUCAUUUUCAUCCUAUUUUCGUGUAAAGCGAGUAAUCUCAAACCAAAUCAACAUGUGCAGUUAUACUUGCUACCCUGGCGCCUGUAUCGGAAUGUGUGGCGGUGCUGCUCCGAGUGGUUUCUAUGAUCCUUGUUUUGGACCAUUUAAUGGACCAUUUAACAGCUGGUGUGGCCCGUCCGGUCCCGGAUUCUGGGGAGGUCGCUGGUGUUAGAUCAAAUAUUCAGCGUCCAAUGUGUUUCAUGAGUUUUUCUUGAUUCAAGCAAAACAUUUAGAAAUUUUCAAUAUUUGAGGCGGUUUGAAGGUUUCGCUUACAGAAGAAAUCCAGGAAUAAUUGUAUAAUGGCCAGCUUAAGAUUAUUUAUAUAAAGGAGCGUAUAGUAUUCAACUACUAUUAGUUCUAUUUAAGUUUCAAAACUUUAUAAUACUUUCUUACAAUGAAAUAAAAUUUAUGUAUACACAUGUGAA